GGGCGCACUCACUUCAGGGUGUAGAUCUUGAUGAAAGGUAGGGCCAGGAAUCGAGUUUGCAGGGUUGUUUGGCUUUUUUUUUUGACCAAGCGUGAGGUUGGUGAGGAAAGAGGAGACUGAGACUUCAAAAAAUACUUACGGUGAAGAAUACGCAGAAGUUGUUGCUGUUAGCCAAUUGGCGUUUGGAACAACCCUCUACAACUGAACCAUAUACAGUCCCAAUCGAAAAUGAGUGACCAGGAUGUUGGAAGUCAGAUUGAAGCACAGUUUUAUGACGCUGUGAGGAGACUACAAAGCAAACAGCUUUUUCAGUCUACCUGGGAUAUUGCCACCUUUGCCAUUUUCAUCAUAUUUAUUGGUGCUGUGUUGGUUUUGGUUCUCUUGGUUAUUAUUCGCUGUUUCUGCUGCGGCUGUUGUUCUUCCCCCAAAAAGCAUUCGAAGCGCAAAGUGGGUGUUGACAACCCAGCUCUAGAGCCUUAGAUCAAAUUGGAUCGAAUUGGAUGUUUGCCCAGCGGCUGGAUCAUUUAACAACCUUCAUUGCAUCACACCUUCCUGGGCAAUACUUAGUAACUUGACUGGUAUCUUUUCUGGAUUGAUUCCAACAAUGAAUCUGUCACUUUUCAGCAUUCUUGCUACAAACUGCUUUGGAUCCACACGCUAUGAGCCAUCAGGCAGAUGACUAGCUGCAAAAUAUUUAACAGCCCCUUAAUAAUCACUUGGUUAUUGCAAGGUGAUCCUGAAAAUGGUUUGUUUGUUUGUUUAUGUUAAAGGAGAGCAGACAUGGAAUUGAGUUUGGGAGUUCUAAAAUGACUAAUUGUACAACAUCUCAAGAUCUAAAUCAGCAUCUGGUAUAUCAUUUUCUUUCAGAAUGUUAACUACAAACUAACUAAAUUAUUUUGGUGAAAUACUAAUUUAAAUUAGUGCAGUAAAAUCUAUUGAAUGGCUAAUUUUUAGAGUGCAUUUUAUUUAAACUAAGUUGAUACAUUUCUGUAGCGCAACAAUCAAUAUCAGCAGUUAAUUUUGUCUGGAUAACUUGCACUUUGCCAAUAUUUUAAAUAAGGUACUAUUUAUUGCAGUUUAUUUCAAGAUUUUUAGGGAAAUGAUUUUGGCGGUUUACUUUGCAAUGAAAUUGCUUUUAAAAUGCAGCUUUGUAAAUCUGAUGUGUUUACUGUCACUGAUUUACAUCUAUGCUUUUGAUUAAUAAAUGAACGGUUUUAACAUCA